AUGAGAGUAGAAUUGUUGCUUGCCGUCUGGGUAUGGACCUUUCUCGGCCAGUCGAUGCCGUUGAAAAAACGGGAUCCUGAUCUUGACCCCACACACUGCCCCUCCUUCUGUGCAGGAACCAAUUCCUCCUCCGACCCCAAUCUCUAUGUCUGUGGCGAUCCCCGACUCGGUCCCGUCGUCCUCCCCACCAGCCUUCCUCUCGAGGGCAUUGCCGGAGCCGACAGCACCUACCACCGCUUCGGUGGCCUAUGUCCCGGAAACUUCCUCGCUACUUACACGGACAACAAGACGGGCCAAUUCGUCUACCCGCCCUUCAACGGCUUCUCACUAUCCACAUCCGGUCAGCCAAUCAUCGCAAAUAUGACCUUAACCACGGGCACUUUCCUCGACCGCUUUGGUUCUGAAUUCGGCACCUUCAUGUCUCCCGGUGGCGCGCCGUAUGCGCAACGAGCCCUGCCGCCGACGAAUCUGAAUGCGGCGCCUGGAGCAGCGUUUCCGUAUAACUACAGGGUUUACCUCGUGGAGAGAAGUCUGACUGUUCAAGCGGGGCCGAUUACGGGGUGGUUUGGGCAACAGGGUUUGGGUCUGCAGUUUAUUAUGCCCGGGACUAUUCUCAGUCUUGUGGAUCAGGGAUAUUUGAGUCGGGUUAAUUUGACGGCGGAUCCAUAUUGGAAGUAA